CUGCUCGCUAAUUAACUAUUAUACGCUUGUUAUUGUGCCCACACGAUUACGAUUUAAUCGGUUUUUGUGCCUAAGGACCAAGGUCACUCUGUGCAGAAUUUUGGACGUUUCGACUCAGUAUAAAACACAUAAAUCUUGCAGAAAUUUUCGUCAAACCGUCAGUAGCGACUCCGAUAACGCGUAGGUAUAUAAAAUAAUCUAGUAUUUUUUUUUAAACCUAUAAAGAUAGGUUUACAGGUUUAAAAAAAAUAGGUACAUUACCUACUGCGAAAUCCAUAAUGAAAAACGUCGUCAUAUUUUCCGUAAGCAUUACAUUUUGCUCAUAUUGUUUUACACAAUUUAUCUUGCACUUUUCAUUAGUCACUCGACCGCUAGGUAGUCGAUUAAUAUUAUUAUUAUUAUAUUAGGUAUAUUACCUUAUUAGUUUCUAAUCUCAUUUUUAAUAUAAAUCAAUUAUUCAGAUGCAUUGAAAGCCCUUAGAAGAUUUAUAUUAAUAAUGUUCUUUUAAUUUCUUAUAAUGAAACCUAAGACAAGAUGUUGUUACCUACCUUCUGUAAUUUUAACUUUAAUUUCUAUUUGUUUUAUAUAUAUAUACAAUUUAUCACAACUAUACUUGAGCUGUCAUAAGAAUGAGGUGUUUUCGUGAAGUUUUUGGUUUUAUAGUUUAUUUGAUUCAUCAAAUUAUUACUAGUCUUAAAUGCGAUUUUAAUACUUCGAAUUAUCAUCAAGACUUUUAGCGAAUUUAUAAGAUAAAUUAUUUUGAUAUUUCAUAUUACAAUAUUUAAAAUUGUUAUUAAAUGUGUUUUGCUUUAUUCUACAACAAUUUCAAUGGGGUCUAUUAGACCCCGCGCGACUAAAUAAGAGGUUACCAUAGUACCUUCUCACACAUGUAUAUUGCAGAAAUAGGACGGCUACAGCAUAUAUUGUUCAAAAAAAAUGCCCUAGAAAAUUUGAAUGUUGCCCUAAAAUUUGUUGAAAAAAUGUUGUACUAAAAUUAUAGCAUCCUACGCCUUUUUUAAUCAAUCCGCGCGUGUAAACAUGGUCCCAGUAAAACGUAUUUGAUAUUAAAUUUCUACGUAAUAGCUAGCGACAUCUAGAUUCAUAUUUUUUAACUUCACACCAAUAUCAUAUCAAUAAAAUAUGAAAUGAAAUAAACAAUAAAUGUAAUAAUAUUGUUCGUAAGAUGGAACAUAACCUUUUACAUAUUAUGCAAUGAAGGGAUUGUAAAAAAAAGAUGAGAUUGCGUAGAUUUGACUUGUAACAAUUUGGAAAAAUAUAUCAGGCUUUAAAAAGUAUAACGGUACGGAACAAUAAUAUUAUUAUACAGACUGGUUUACAAAAAGAAAGAAAAUAUAUUUUAAAUGCCUAAUUCGAGCUGUUGGCCAAGUAAGUAUCUACUUGAAAAUGAAAAAUGCCUAUAUCUAUUUAAAUGUCAGCGUUGUCCCUAUUCCAUGGGAUGCCCAAAACUCAACCAUGUAAAAGAACGAUAAGCAAAAAAAAAUAAUAAUAAUAAUAAAGUCAAACAAUAUUAGAAUAUAUUUACCGCGGUUUUUAAUACUAGAGCAAAACCCGUGUGCACAACGCCUAUGUCAAUAACUAUAAGUACAUAGAAUUCAAAAUAUAUAUUUUUUCACGAUACUAUACCACAGCGAGUUAUUAUUGUAUUAUUGUAGUACCUAAGUAACGUUUUUUCCUCAUGCAGAUUAUCGCGUUGCUUGUGCUGCAAGUAUGCUACGCCCAACGGGGAGAAGGUGAACAAUAUUCGCAGUAUCCGAGGCCGUCUGGACCGCAUCCCGGCGGUGACAGAUUCGGCGAAGAACACGGUUGGGUGUAUCAUCGCAACGAAGGAUACUGGUAUCAUCCGCAGUACACUUGGAGAUGGCAUCCGAAUUAUGGAUGGAAGGAAUACAACGAUCGCCGCGAAUAUUACAAUAAUUAAUCAAUAAACCUAAUGCAUACAUUAUUUUGUUGAAGAACA